AUGCUCAUGGUAAAGCUAGACCACAUGCAGCAAAGUGUACUGGAGCUUCAGAUCGAAUUGGCCAAGCUGCGGAAAGAGGCUGCGCAGAACCAAAAUGACAGCGAGCCGCACAUGCAGCACAGUUUUAUGGAGCUACAGACUGAAUUGGCCAAGCACCGGGAAGAGGCUGAGCAAAACCAAAAAGACAUCCUCCAAUCGAUGCAUCGAUUAGAGUAUGAUGUUGGACGCAACUUUACUCGCCUACAGGACCGAUCAUGGCAGAUCUUUGCGCUACAAGCUACGCAUACUACAAUGAAGACCAAUCUUCAGUCAUAUGUGCCCUAUCGCUCGUGCAGUGACAUUCAGAAUGCACAAUCUGGGGCAUAUAUUAUCCAGACGAACGGUGCAAGUAACCCUUUUAUGGCGUACUGUCAGAGGGAUGUGAAGGGUGGAGACAGCUGGUUGGUGAUACAGCACCGAUUCGACGGAUCGAUAAGCUUCUAUCGCAACUGGAAAGAGUAUCGGGAUGGUUUCGGUAACAUUGAGAAGCAGUUCUGGAUCGGACUGGAACGACUAUAUCAGCUGACAUCGGGGCGACCCCAUGAACUGAUGGUUGAGCUGAGAGACUUUAAGGGGAAUUAUAAAUUUGCACUCUUCGCAGCAUUCGAGAUCGGCAGUGAAACCGAACAAUACAAUCUGAAAACCCUUGGGGCGUACAACGGAACUGCAGGCGAUUGUCUGUCAUAUCACAAGAAUAUGAAAUUCUCGACGUACGAUCGUGAUAAUGACAUAGAUGACCGAAACUGUGCUGCAUCUUUUGAGGGUGCCUGGUGGUACAGAGACUGCUAUCAUUCCAAUUUGAACGGGCCAUACAAGAAUAUAGUAGAUUAUACAUCGAUGAACUGGUACACCUUCAGCAAUUCCGAUGAAGGACUGAGCUUUUCAAGUAUGAUGAUCCGACCAAAAUGA